CCUGGCUCGCGCGGGGCGGGAAGGCGCAGGCGGCUCGUGUCGCUGACACGCUCACCCUCCGUGCCUGGCCGCGCCUCUGCGACCAGGUGACCCAAUGAAAGAGGAAAAUGAAAGGCAUUAAGAAAAGUCUUACAGAAGAAUAUCUGUACUUGGACUUUUCUCACCAAAUGGAAGGAUGCAUCUUUCCUCUUCAUACAUCUGUAACUUUAUUUUUGUUAUCAUACUGUGACUGCAAAAUCUUCAAAGUUGGCUUAGUCCUCACAAAAGAAAGCACAGAUAUUUCACUAAAAAAUGUAGUACCCCAGGAUGUUGAAAUACAGAUUAUUUCAAAGCAAGAACUUCCAGCAAUAGUCCAGAAUUGCUGUUUACCUGCAGUAGUAGAAAAACCAGACAAUUUCUGUAGAGCAGGACUUGCUGUUGUACUGAGACACAUAAUCCAGAAAUCAUAUGAAGCUGACCCCUCAAAGAAGGAAAUUUUGGAACUUCUGGGUUUUAAGAAGACUUGCUUGAAAGCCUGUGCUGAAGUUAGUCAGUGGACCAGGCUAUGCGAACUCACCAUCCCUUUAGCUAUUGAGAAUUUUCUCAAAGAGUCUUCUGACCAGCACCCAACUAUCCCUGCAGAAAUACUGCAGCUGGAGAGAAAGCUCAGUGAGCCCGUUAGAGUGCAUAAUGAUGACAAACUCCGUCGCCAGAAGCUGAAGCAACAGAAGGCUGCUGGGGUUGGGCCUGCCCAUGCUAAGAGCAAGGUCCUUAGACAAGAAACAUCUGAAGAGUUGGACUCUUCAUCCAAGAGCCUGGAACUGCAAGUGGCAUUCUCAAAACUCGCAGUGUACGAAGAACCAGCUACUACCAACAGGGAGCCUUCUCACAUCAGAAAAGCAAAAGUGUCUGACCUUCCGCCUCUGGAGCAUGUGUUUGCAGAAGGCCUGUACUUCACUCUGGCAGAUAUCGUGCUCUUGCCCUGUAUCCAUCAUUUUUUGGCAAUUAUCUGCAAGAAACUUUCUGAAAAGCUGAUAGAAUUUCCACUGCUGGCUGCUUGGUACCAAAGGAUUCAGGAAGUGCCCAGAGUAAAAACAGCAGCUUCUCAGUGUGGGAUCCAAUUUCUCCAUUUACCAGAGUUGCUGACCACCUUGAAGGAACAAGAUGCAAACUUAAGUGAGGUCCCAGGGGUAGAGGAGCAAAAUGAUGCUUCAUUUUUAGGAGGACCAAGACCCACUAUGACCAAGUUAAUGGAAAAAGGCAUUGAAGUGAUGUUUUCUCCCCACCCUUGCCCUACUUGGACCCUUGAUUGGAAUAGUCUUCCUGCAGCAGUGAGCCCAAAGGAAGGCAAAAUGUCCAGUGAUCGAGCUUUAAGGAAGCAACAGCAGUUAAACAACCUUGUUUAUGUGGUGACAAGUCAGGCCAAACCCGGUGACAGAAUUGUGGAUUUCUGCAGCGGCGGGGGCCAUGUUGGCAUUGUCCUUGCUCACAUGCUGCCAUCAUGCCAGGUUACGUUAAUAGAAAACAAGGAACUAUCAUUAAUUCGUGCUAAGAAGAGAAGUGAUGAACUAGGUUUAAGCAACAUUUGGUUCAUUCAAGCAAAUAUGGAAUAUUUUACAGGGAUGUUUAAUAUUGGGGUGGCAUUGCAUGCUUGUGGAGUGGCAACAGACAUGGUGAUUGAGCACUGCAUCAAAACGCGGGCUGCCUUUGUCACAUGCCCUUGCUGUUACGGUUUCAUUCAGAACACCUCAAAGUUUAAUUUUCCAAAAAGUGAACAAUUCAAGAAAACUUUAUCGUACAAGGAACACAUGAUUCUGUGCAGAUUUGCGGAUCAGACAGCUGUCCAGCUUCCAGCCCAGCGAAGGCUCAUAGGAAAACAGUGCAUGUGCCUGGUGGAUCUGGAUCGAGCAAGAGCUGCAGAAGAACGUGGUUACUCCGUUCAAGUAAUAUCCAUGGAGCCGGAGAGCUGCUCUCCCAAAAAUAACAUGAUCGUGGGAGUCCCCAUUUAGGAGAUAUUCCCAUUUGAUGUUUUGCCAUCCGUUUUCAUGAUGAAAGCCCAGUGGCAUUUAGGAGGUUCUUGGCAUAACUAGAAAACAGCAUUAGCCAUCUUGAACUUAUUGUGCUCAGGAAGGAGAGCAGCAGGAAAAUCAUGGAAGAAAGGCUGCCUGCAAAGCAUCACAAAUGCUCUUGUAAUGUAUGAUUAAAGGACCGCUGGUUUUCAUAGUGAGAAUCCCCUGAAGUCCCAGCUGCCAACAGAAUAAUACUCGGUAGUGGAGGUUCCAUCCCUAGAAUAACAAUUUCCUUCUCAGCUCACAGCUUUUCUGAUCUUGCCAAUGUGAUGUUCAAUUCAAAACAAUGAAUCGAAGCCUUUAUAAUCAUUGCAGCCUUUGUAACCAUUUAGAUAUUCAAAUGGAGGCCACAACUAUACUCAGUGGGGUUUGCUGGUUGGCUGGUUGUAUUUUUAACAACUGGUCUUUUUCUAUAAUUUUAAAAAAUAUCUCAUCAGGCAAUUACAGUAUGGUUAACUUUUUAAGCUAGGGUGAGUUGGAUUUGUAUCUCAUUUCAUACACUUCCUUGGAUAUAUUUCCCAUAAAUUACCAAAUGAGAUCAUCACUGGUUCAAACAUUUUAUAUGAAGAUAUAAAAUAAUUGCAGCAAAUUUCCCAUUAUGGAAACAUGUAACUUGGACAUAAAUUCUAACUAAUCAGUGAACACAUUGAUCGUUUCAAAUUUAUAAAUAAUUAUUGAGGAUCCAUUAUUUUCAAGACCUGGCCUACAUUCUUCUAAGGGUACAAAGAUGAGUUGCAAGAAACAUGAUGCCUUGUCGAUGGAAUAAUCACGGAAAAGAAAAAUUAACGAAUUAGUUAAGUUCUGUAUAUCAUAAUAUAAUGUAUGGUCACAAGAUUUGUUUUCCAGGUAUCAUAUCUUUUAGUUACGUUAUUUUGGUAAGACGUAUUGAAUAUAGAUUGGAGGUGGGAGGAGGGCAGAAUUUGGAAGCUUAUUUGAGUAUUUCUCCCUUCUCACAUUCUCCUAUUCCACUAGCCAAAGUUUUGAAAGACAGAUGGCAUGUCCUUUCUCACAUGCUGUUAAUUAUUUAACUUUUACAUGUCCUAGGUUAUUCCAUCUGAGAUGAGAUUUAUUUCAUUGAUUUUGAUGUUUUCAACCCCUGUAUGACACAUACCAAAAGGAAAAAGAACUCUAACAAACAACUCUUUCCUCAGUGUGGGCUAAAAUGUAGGAAUAAUUUAUUCAGAGGAGGGAGGGAUGAAUUCUUGUUUUCUGAGAUAAAAUUUAAGAAAAGAGUUAAUCAUCAGCCCUGAGUAUUUUAGUCAUUUUUACCUAUAGACACACCAUGCUCUUUUAUCCUGCGCUUUCUUUUUUAAAUGAAGUUAUAAUUUACAGACAAUAAAAUAAUAGAUUUUAAGUGUCUAGUUUGAGAAGUUUUAACAAACUGCCAUGCAACUGCCACCAGAAAUAAGAUAUAGAGUAUUUCCACCAGCCCAGAAAGCUCUCUGACAUCCCUUUCUGUUCAGUUUCACCUACCCCACAGACAACCUCUUUCUGAUUUCUAUCACCCUCUAUUUUUUCUGUCUAUUUUCAUCUUUCAUAUAAAUUAAAUCAUUUAGUAUGUAGUCUUUUGUGUCUGGCUGCUUUUGCCCAACAUGGUAUUUUUUGGGAAAUACCCACAUUGUUAUGUAUAUCAAUAGUUUCUUCUUAUUCUUAAGUAAUACUCUAUUAUAUAAAUUUAUCAGAAUGUAUUUAUUCAUUCUCCUAU